GUUGACCGUAUUGUUUUGCGUUGAUCAGAUCCCAACCGCCAAUACGGCCAUGGGCUCCGCCGAAGCGGCCACCAAAUCCCCUCCGCUCCUCCGCCACCUCCUAGCUCUAGACGCCUCUCUCUCAUAUGCCCUCCACGCCUUCUUUAAACCUUUCCUUCCCGCAUUCUUCCUUCUCCUCCUCGAAUACUCAGCUGACUUCCGCUUUUCCUUCCCAGUCUCCCUCGCUAUCGUCCUUGCCUCCCCUUCCCGUUUACCCCUCUUACUCCCCUUUCUCCUCUCCCUCCUCCUCGAUCUCGCGCUCAUCGGACUCGUCAAGCUUAUCUUUCGCCGUGCCCGUCCCCAUUACAACCCCAAUAUGUCUGCUGUCGUCCACGCGGAUAACUUCUCCUUUCCCAGCGGCCACGCUUCCCGUGUACUGCUGCUUGCCACUUUAAUGCACCUAGUUUUCAAGAGUGAAGAUGGAUUGGUUCCGAAUUUUGUUGACCAAUGGAUUAGGGCUGAUUCUGCUCUUUUGGGGAUCUGGGUUUGGGCAGUGCUGACGGCAACUUCUAGGGUUUUGCUCGGGAGGCACUUCCUAUUGGAUGUUUUGGCGGGGGCAUUUGUGGGGGUUCUUGAAGGUGUUUUCUCCUUCCACUUUUUGAGGUUUUAGAAGACGUUUUCCCAGGUAACGUCUAAGUAUGUUGCAAAGGUCUGCACUUUGAUAUAGGAACUUUUUUUUGUAAAAAUUAAGGUGAAAUCUGGGAAAAAUUAAAAACGAUGUAUAUUUAUUGAAUGUUGAAAUAUUCAUUUCAGCAUCAUAUUAAUGUCACGCUUGAUUGUUCUGGUAACAAUGUCUUGAGACAUAGUCAUAUUUCAGCUGUGAGCUUGAUUUCCAGCGUUUCCAGUUUUGAAAUGCUGUGUUCUGUGAUAUCUUCUUGAAUUAUCAUCAUAAGAUAAGAACAAAGUCUUAUUGCAAUCUUUUCUUCUGCGGAAGUUUUGUCAUUGGAAACACAUGGAGGUUACUUGUGAUCAGUACUGUCUCAGGUUUAACAAACUUUACUUCAAAUGGCUUUACUCUUUUUGCCAGGUUUCUUCUUGCCUUCCCUUUAGAAACUCCCCUGUAAAUAUGACGCAGGGCAGCUAGUGGCUCUCUCAUUUGAUCGUCAAAUACAAUCUUAUGAUUACCCUGAACCAUUUAGGGUUUAUACAAGUUAAGCUUAUAUAUUUUUGGGUAACCUUUUCUCUUCAUGAAGACCAUAUUAUCCCCUUACGAAGAAUCAGUCAUCUUGGUUGUUGAUUUCGCUCAUGCCAACACAGGCUAUGGCCACAGCUUGAAGACCAAACUGGAAAGAUCCAAGUGGCUGGUCCAGACUAAUGGAAAAUGAACAUCCUAUUGGAUCAAUGGAUAUGGUGAUGAUUUUCAUAUUUAGAGUGGAAUUCUAUGCUCAAUGUUCUUUUUGCAAUGCCUUAUAUCUUUCAUGAUUCUUGUUAAUGGAGCAGCUGAAUGAUUGAUGUAGAGCAUGUUAAUGAGUUAUCCAGGCUUUGAUGAGCCCCCAGGAUAUACUGACCUCUUUUUGUUAUUCGAGGACUAAAGAUAAAUUGGUUUA